AUGGCGGAGGCGGCGGUGGUGGAGGCGGCGGCAGGCCCGGAGCAGCUGCUGGCGACCUGCAAGCGACGGUUAGCAGAGGUCCUGCAGGAGGUGGACGAUACCGAUCUAGUGUGGCUGGAGGAGAUCCGCGAGGAGGCGAUCAAGAUGUUUGGCAGCCACUACAGCGAUGAGCCGGAGCUGAUGCCUAAGACGCCGUCGCAGAAGACCCGGCAGCGGAAGAAGCGUUACGCCACUCAGCGGAACGAAGACCAGGAGAUGCGCAGGAGGGGAUUGUCCCGGAGGAAGAACAACAACAUCAAACUCUCCACAUGUUCUCAAUCCCAAAACAAAGAAAACCUGGAACUUAGCAGGGCUGAGGUGUCUCUUCCUCAACGUGUGACAAGAUCCCAGACUGCAGCACUUGCCAAGCUCUCAGAGGUCCCUCAAGUAGUCCUCUUUAAGAAUCCUGUCCUACAAGAAAGGAAGCUUCCCACAGCAGAAAUCAACAUCAGUAAUUGCAUUAGUGCUGAGCUAUGCCUCCAGAUAAAACCUCUUAAAGUAGCACAGCGGCUCCGUGACACCUUUGUCAUGACAUCAGAUAAGGAUCCUCCUGAGGACCAGGUUUGCAGCUCCUCACCUGCACCUGCAGCCCCCAAGACAGUGGUGGCCAGCACCCCCCAGGCAGACGAUGAUGGAGGGCCUGUGGGCACACCUCAGCUGAAUGAAGCCAACGCCACAUUCAUUGUGAGCACCGGGCCUGGGCUGCAGGAUAGCUCCAUUCAGGCACCAGAGAGGGAUGAAGAGGAGGCCCUGCAGCGUGCCCAGGACAUCCCAGGGGCCCCCAAGGGUCUGAGACUCAGUCCUCGCUCUGUGCGUAGGAGCCUGAUGGGCAAAGCUCCCCCUGGCGGCAGGAGUUCCUUGUCGCUGAAGCGCUCCCGGAGCAGCCGCAAGGGGAGCAAGGUCUUCGGGUCUGUAGGCAGCGUAGCGACGCGGGCCCGGCCUCAGCCCUCAGCACUGGCAGCCAGCUGCCCGCAUGAAAGGAACCCAGAUAAGAAUGGGAAGAGUCAGGAACCACCCCAGGGUGCCAGGAGAAAGCCAAGCUACAAGAGAGCUGUGGAUGAGUGCUAUGACAACCAGCAGGCAGAGGAUGGGGGGCUCUCUCCUCCCAGAAAAAAGACUCCAUCCCGAACCUUCCCAGCCAGCAAGGUGGUGCGGCCUAUCAAGACCUUCCUGCACACUGUGCAGAAGAACCAGCUGCUGAUGACCCCCAGCCCGCUGGGUGGGAACAUGGUGAUCAAGUCCUUCAUCAGGCACAACACCCCUGACCCCAGGGAGAAGGAGAGGCAGAAGCUGGAGAUUCUGAGGAAAAAGAAAGAAGCUGAGCAAGUGAGAAAACAGAAACUGGAGGAGGAGAAGAAACGGCGUCUGGACGAGGCAAAGCUGAGGCGUGAGGAGAGGUGGCGCAGGGUGCAGGAGAGCCGGGAGAGGGCCCUGCAGCUGGAGCAGGAGCGCAAGCAGCGCAUCAAGCAGAAGAUUGCCCACUUCGAGGAGAAGACUGAGAGGGUGCGGGAGGAGAGGUUGGCAGAGGAGAAGAUCAAGAAGAAAGCAGCUGCCAAGAAAAUGGAGGAAGCAGAGGCACGGCGCAGGCAAGAGGAGGAGGCCAGGAAACAAAGAGCACUGCAGCAGGAGGAGGAGGAACGGCGGCACAAGGAGCUGAUGCAGAAGAGGAAGGAAGAAGAACAGGAACGUGCCAGGAAGAUCCUGGAGCAAAGGCAGGCAGAACAGGAGAGGGAGAAGCAGCUGGCUGCACACAGAGAGCUGCAGAGGAAGAGGGAACAGGAGAGGAUCCAGGCAGAUAAGCUCCGAGAGCAGCAGCAGAAGGCAGCUCGCCUGCAGAAGGAGGCUCAGGCUGCUGAGGAGCAGCUCCAGGAGGAGCAGCAGAAAGAGCAGAGGCUAGCAGAGAUGGAGAGGCAGAAGCAGGAACACAAGAGGAUGCCAGAGGAACAAAAGGAUAAAGACAGAGCCCAGACACAGCACCCAGAGGAACAAAAAGAUAAAGAUGGAAACUCAGGUGCCUGCAACUCAUACCAGAUGACUCCCCAUGCCCAGAGGCAUCCAAAACCCUUCAGCAUAGACCCAAACAACUAUGGGAUGGAUCUGAACAGCGAUGACUCCACUGAUGAUGAAAGCCAACCUCGCAAGCCCAUCCCUGCCUGGGCCUGUGGGGAGCAGCUCACCCAGGCAGUCACCAGGCAGUACUACAACCCCCCCAACGUGGAUGAGAUCUUUGGGGUGAUCCUGAGCCCCAGGCUGGAGGACAUCUUCUACAAGAGCAAGCCCAGGUACUUCAAGCGCACCAGCUCGGCCAUCUGGAACUUCCCUCCCUGCGCCCUCAAACCUGCUCUGCCCACAUCCUACAGCCUCAAGAAGUGCUGAGGCCUGGGAAGAGAAAUAGUUUGGCACAGUGAGACUGCUGGGAACCUUUG